AUGGAUCGAUCCAAAGAAGUUAUUAUCAUCGGUGGAGGCAUAUCUGGCCUUGGAAUGGCGGUUCAAUUGAAACGUCUCCUCGGCCAUGACAACUUUACUAUCUAUGAAAAGUCCGACAAUAUCGGUGGGACAUGGUGGCACAAUCGAUAUCCUGCUUGUGCAUGCGAUAUCCCGAGUCACUUUUACUCCUACAGUUUUGCAUUGAAGCAUGACUGGACCACCAUGUUUCCUGGGAGGGAUGAGCUCCAUGCAUAUUUCUUUUCCGUCGCUGAACGAUUCAAUAUCCUACCACACUGUCGCUUCAAUGCUAUGUGCACCAACAUGACCUGGGACAAUAACCGCUCUCUGUGGAUUGUAACCUUCCAGGACACUAACUCCGGCGAAAUAUUCAAGCGCGAGGGUCCUGUCGUCGUUAGUGCAAUCGGAACUCUUGAUCGUCCAGCCAUUCCCUCUAUCAAAGGAUCCGAGACUUUCCAAGGCGAGACAUUUCACAGCGCAGAAUGGAAAGAUGACUUCAAUCCCAAUGGCAAGCAAAUCACUGUUGUGGGCAAUGGCGCCUCGGCUACUCAGUUUGUUCCUGAACUGGUAAAGUCAGUUGGACCCAAGGGCAUGGUAACCCAAAAUAUCCGGAGCUCCCACUGGUGGACAAAGCGAGGAAAUCCAACUUACUCCGAAUCAUUCAAGUUUGCCAUGAAGUAUGUCCCGCUCGCCGCUCGACUCUACCGUGCCAUUUUAGCCUGGCAGCUGGAGAGCACUUUCUAUUCAUUCUACAUGGACAGCAAUGGCGCAGCUAUGCGCCAAAAGAUUCGGGAAGCUACAUACUCGUACAUCGAGAAUGAUGCGCCAGUUAAGUAUCGAGAAAUCCUGAAGCCAGACUACGAGCCCGGUUGUAAGCGUCGAGUCAACACUGCCACCUACUUGAAAUGCCUGCAUUCUCCACAGAUGUUGCUCACCAAGGACGCGAUUGUGAGUAUUGGACCAGACUAUGUCGAGACUAAAGAGGGAAAGCGCCACCCAGCGGAUGCGAUUAUCUAUGCCACUGGUUUCCAAACACAAAAAUGGUUAUUCCCUAUGGAAAUCAAAGGCAUCGGAGGCAAGGACCUUCACGAUCAAUGGGACGCGUCAGGGGGUGCCGAGGCAUACAAGGGUACUGUCGUGACCGAUUUUCCCAACUUCUUUAUUCUGUACGGACCCAAUGCUGCGACUGGCCAACACUCGGUCAUCUUCCACUCCGAAUGUCAAAUCAAUUACUCGUGCCGACUGCUGCGUCCCGUGCUCCGAGGUAACGUCGACUCGAUAAUGGUUAAGCCGGAAGCUCAGAAACGAGACCUUUCCUGGGUCCACGACAAAUUGCAGCAUCUCGUCUUCAAUAGCGGUUGCCAAAGCUGGUGGAUGGACCCUGUUACGAAGAAAAAUACUUUCAUCUACCCGGAUCCUAUGUACAAGUACUGGUUACGCACAAUUUUCCCCCGUUGGUCUGACUUCGACAUGCGCACAACUGAACGUUCGUCAAAAAGGUGCCUAUUACUGGGUUGUUUGGCAGUCAUCGGGAUUAUCGGGUAUUCCACUGUGGGCAUGCAAGGUGCGGUGAAAAUCAUCGAUGAAGCUUCGUCUCGGCUGUCGAUUCAUACUGGUUGGCAACUCAGGAGUCUCUCCUGA